UGGCGCGUGCGCCUGUCUCGCCUUCGGACGGUAGUUCCCAGUACAAGCGGUCCAACCCUUCGUCAAAUUCCAAGUCUUCUUCGGAGGCUUCUUUGACGGACGACACAAAGUCGUCGUUCGGGCCCUUCGGAGGUCCGCCAGAAGGUUGGCAGGAAAAGGAAUUACAUUCUUACGAGGACAUUGAGGAAUACGAAAAGAUAUUGGCGAGGAGUCCACGCAUGAUGCAUCAAACAUCUUCGAAACUACUCCGUAUGACGGCGGAUGACCGUCCCUUCACCCGAGACUUCAAGGAUCUCUUUUCCACAUUGAUGGUCAGCCUACCACUAUCUGGGCAUCGGGUAAGGUUAUCACGUAUAGAGCACACUUUUACCACGGAGGAAGCGAUCACAAACCUGGGAUCCCUCAAAUUUUCACAAUCCAAUCGCAUGCCGGAUCCAAAAGACCCUUCCAGGAUCGUGACGACUACCACAACCACUACCUUCUCAAUGGCUAAGGAAAUGGCACGAUCUGUUUGCAUGCGGUUCUUGGAGGCGCGAUUCAUCGAGUCGUUAGAGGGCAAGGUUGAUUUUUCAACGCGAGGAUCCGUCUGGCAGCUCACACCAAAAGGCAUGCACAUCUUGGCACGGUUCUGUCAACGAAAUGGUAUCCACCAACGGCACGUGAAUGACUUACUGGAUUCACCGCGUAAUGCGAUGCAUCUGGUUGUGUUGGAGCGGGAUGCUGACACCGACAAGCUGGACCACGACCGUGCAACGAUUGAUGUCAUUUUCAGACGCUUCGCUGGCAGCCAUGGACCCAACUUGAGAGCUUCUGCCUCAGCCAACGAUUCAGAUUCGAUCCAGGACUACUCCACCGGGCUUGUCGGCGUACGUGUUCAGCGCAUUAGGAAAGGCGAUAAGGAUUCCCCGUACGUGUUUACGGGCAAAGCAGCUUUUGAUUGGAUCAUGGACUGCUGCACUGUCAUCGACAAGCGGGAAGUCUUUGAGAUUGCUAAUCUCUUCCUUCAACAUGGUGUCAUUGAGCCUGCUGGCGACGAAAGGCACGUCAACCAUGUCCCACUCUCGACACGAUUCGCAGCAUCCAAGCACAUGCUUUACAGCCUGACUGAAAAGGGAAUGCGCACUGCCGGAUGGGUUCCAAAUCUUCGAGUCUCUCUCGAAGACGACAUGGCGCAACAGCGAACAGGCAUGCUUCGAGACUCGAACACCAACCGCCUAACAAUCAUCCUCCGUGACCCAGCAUUACGAUUGCUCUUCCGCGAGUACCUCCGUGAGACUCACUGCGAGGAAAAUCUCAAUUUCUUUCUUGAUGUCAAGGUGUUUUUGGUCGAGUACCAACGCGCUAAGCAGAAUGCGCCCGCCUCGAAGCCUGACACGAUACGGGAAACGCUUGCGUCAGCAUACGGACUUUAUAACGCCUUCCUCGCCCCAGGCUCGCCAUGUGAACUAAACAUCGACCACAAUCUUCGCAAUGCACUCGCCGGCCGCAUGACCCGUGCCGUCGGAGAGGAUGAUCAAAUGAUCAUCAGCUUGGAUGAAGUUGCAUCAUUGUUUGAACAAGCGCUCAACAGUGUGUUCAAACUAAUGGCAAGCGACUCUGUGCCAAAGUUCUCACGAGAGCCGAAGUAUGUGCAUGUUCUCAGAGAGCGUAAUCUCGAGAACAUUGUUGCAUAAUUCGACGAAGGCAUCAUCGUUCCGAUCUACUUCGUUGGUCACACAAGUCGCAGUUCCUCCGCAGUGACGACAACUUUCGAACCUGGCGACCAACGCAGUCCUUUCACGUCAUAGCAUUCUCCACGACCUACCUUCAUCAGCAUUCCAUUCUGGUUCACAAUCCUAAUAUCUAUCACGACUCGAUACGGCUCUCGUCGAAGAGCACAUUCGAGCUUCUUUCGCAACUAAAGCGC